AUUUUUUAUUUUCUCUUUCCAAAAUUCAUUCUCACUCACUUUUACGCUCUCUCUCUCUUACACCACUAUCUUGUUCUUUCUUCUUGCCAGUUCUCAAUCUAUUAUAUCUUUCUAUUUUCAAAAUGAAUAAGCUUCUUCUUCUUGUAAGCUCAUCUUCAACCCAUUUUACUCCCACAAACCCUUAAAUCUUUUCAAGUUCACAACUUUUUAUAGUUUUACCUCAAAAUUAUAUUAUUUUCUGUUUUUUCAGUUUAACCAUAAAUUUUACAAAUAUUUUAAUUUACAACAAUCCCAUUAAUGCCCCUCAAGCUUGUUUAAUUUCCUUGAAAAACCCAUAACAAGAAAAUUCAAGAAACAUCAGCUUCUUGUUUACUUGUAGUUUAAAUCUAGCAAAGAUAGUUUUUUUUCUGUAGCUGUUGUUCAACUCAAGCUCCUCACUGUUGGCCUCUAAAUUUGUCGAAACAAUUGAAUCUUGGAGUUUUUAACAAGUGUAUGAGGUAAAAUACCUUAAGUUUAGGCAAUAACGCAAACAAACAUUUGAACUGCACGAAAACUACCUUUUUACUGUAGCUGUAAUAUACCAGGGUUGAGGGAGAUAUGUCUGCUUGCACUUAGCUGAAAUGAAGAACGAUUCACAUAACACAUCAGAGAUACAACACACAACUCAUGUUUCACAUGAUUCUCAAAGCGACCAGCAGAAUAAUGCAGUGGAGGCUCCUGUAGCUGAUUCUGGCUCCGUAUCAAUAUCGAGUAAUGACAACAGAAGAGUCUCUCGUGAGGAUAUCGAACUUGUUCAGAAUUUGAUCGAACGUUGUCUGCAGUUAUAUAUGAACCGAGAAGAGGUGGUAAAAACACUAUUGAAUCGCGCUAGGAUAGACCCUGGAUUUACGACUCUGGUAUGGCAGAAGUUGGAAGAAGAAAAUGCCGACUUUUUCAGAGCUUAUUAUAUCAGGCUUAAAUUGAAGAAACAGAUUAUCGUGUUCAACCAUUUACUGGAGCAUCAAUAUAAUCUGAUGAAAUACAAUCCUGUUCCACCCCAAGUUCCAAUGGCUCCAAUACAGAACGGUAUUCAUCCCAUGCCAGUCAACAAUUUGCCCAUGGGAUACCCCGUUCUACAGCAACAUCCAGUUCCUGCUACAGGCCAGCCUCAUCUUGACUCAAUGGGAAUGUCUACCUGUCAUGUGGUCAAUGGGGUACCUGCACCUGGAAACUUCCAUCCGAUGCGGAUGAAUUCUGGCAACGACAUGGUAAUGGACAACAGUACUGCUGAUAUGACGCCAGGGAUUCCACCUGGGAGUGCCAUGUCAUCCAUGUCAGAGAUGGCUGUAAGUCCAACUUCUGUAGCAUCCAGUGGGCAUUUUCCCUUCACAGCUUCUGAAAUACCAGGAAUGGGAGUAGAUACAUCAGCACUUGAUACGGCAUUUACGUCUGACGUGGCAAGUUCAGUAGGAUUGCAACUUGCACAAGAUAAUGGAGCAGGAAAUUCUAGGGACUCGCUAAGAUCUUUGGCUCAGAUUCCUUGGAGUUUUAGCCUUUCGGACCUAACAGCAGAUUUGUCAAAUUUAGGAGAUCUAGGAGCACUUGGAAAUUAUCCGGGGUCCCCUUUCUUACCAUCUGAUUCAGAUAUAUUGCUUGAUUCUCCCGAGCAAGAUGACAUAGAGGAGUUCUUCGUUGACCCUGGCCCACCAGCACAAUCUGACGAAGAGAAGUCAUAGUUAGUUUGGAUGAGUUCUAUCCAUUUCUUUGAAGCAGAUAGGAUAGGGUAAACCUCGAUGUACAAUAAAAGGUAAAAGAAGGAACUGAAGUGUUUAGUUCUUUUACUAUUUAUCUCCUUUACAAUUAGAGAUGAUGUAAACUAUUGCACUAUGAGGUAGUGUAGUUUGAUAUUUGGUGAAGAUCAUCACUCAAGUCGCAGCAAAUUUGUUUCUGAGGAUUUUUUUUUCCACUUGUUAGACAUUGUUAUAAACUUGCAAUAUCAAAAAGUUCAAGAAUGGUGUUUAACUUUCA